AUGCCUCCCACCACCGCAGAAACGUUGUCGCUGGUGACGCGCAACGUGUCGGUUGCGCCGUUGGUCCUGCUCUCAACCGUCGAUCACUACAACCGCACCGAAGCCAACAAAAGCAAGAGCAAGCGGGUGGUUGGCGUGCUAUUAGGGCAGAACGACGCCAAGAAUGUGCGCGUAUCAAACAGCUUUGCGGUUCCCUUCGAGGAGGACGAGAGGGACCCGUCGGUCUGGUUUCUCGACCACAACUACGUCGAGUCGAUGAACGACAUGUUCAAGCAGGUCAAUGCCCGGGAGAAGUUAAUAGGCUGGUACCAUUCGGGCCCUAAGCUCCGGGCCUCGGAUCUUGAGAUCAACGAGCUCUUCAAACGCUACACACCGAACCCGCUGUUGGUCAUCAUCGAUGUGCAGCCAAAGGAGGCCGGUGUGCCGACAGAUGCCUACUUUGCUGUGGAAGAAAUCAAGGAUGACGGCACCACCACAUCUAAAACAUUCGUCCACACACCGUCGAUUAUUGAGGCGGAAGAGGCCGAGGAGAUUGGCGUCGAGCACUUGCUGCGUGAUAUCCGCGACGUUGCGGUCGGCACGCUGUCUACUCGCAUUACCAACCAACUCCAAUCGCUUCAAGGGCUCCACCUCCGCCUCCGUGACAUCCAAGCCUACCUUCAAAAAGUGCUCGACGGCGCGCUCCCCGUCAAUCACGCCAUCCUCGGCAACCUCCAGGAUGUAUUCAACCUGCUCCCAAAUCUAUCGACACCAAAGUCUGGCGCUGGCGUGAAUGGCGCGUCGGCCGAUGGCGAGCUCAGCCAUGCGAUGAGCAUCAAGACCAACGACCAGAUGAUGGCUAUCUACUUGAGCAGUCUAAUCCGGGCCAUCACUGCUUUCCACGAUCUUAUUGAGAAUAAGAUUCAAAACAGGCAGCAGCAGGAGGAGAAGGAUGCUGCCAAAAAGGAGGGCGAGAAUGGAGCCAAGGACGGCGAAAAGAAGGAUGGCGACAAGAAGGAGAACGUCCCCGCCAACGGUGUCAGCGGCGACUCUCAGGAGGCCAGCGGAGAUAAAGAGAAGGAGGGGCCAAAAGACAAGAAGAAAUAG